AUGAUUAUGUUUCCUCUUUUUAGGAAGAUUUCUCUGGGUAUUUUGAUACUUGCUCUGAUAGAAGGAAACCUUCCAUCUUUAACAGCACAAACCUACUUAUCUUUAGAGGAGAUCCAAGAACCCAAGAGUGCAGUUUCCUUUCUUCUGCCUGAAGAAUCAACAGACCCUUCUCUAUCUACUGAAAAGAAACAGCCUCUGGACGACAGAGAAGCUGAAAGACAGUGGUUACUCAGAAGGCGGAGAUCUAUUCUGUUUCCGAAUGGAGUAAAAAUCUGCCCAGAAGAAAGUGUUACAGAGGCUGUGGCAAACCAUGUGAAGUAUUUUAAAGUCCGAGUGUGCCAGGAGGCUGUCUGGGAAGCCUUCAGGACUUUUUGGAAUCGACUUCCUGGGCGUGAGGAAUAUCGUUAUUGGAUGAAUUUGUGUGAGGAUGGAACCACAAGUAUAUUUGAAAUUGGCACAAAUUUUAGUCAGUCUGUGGAACAUAAAAGCUUAAUUAUGAAGAAACUGACUGACACAGAUGAAACUGUGAGCAGCCCUAAACCAUCAUCUCCAGUUCCUGUUGGUGAUACUUCAACAUUGGGAGGUGGUGCUCUCAGUGUUUCAUAUCCAGAGGUGGCCUCCUACGAAGGUGCCUCAGAGAGCAGCUUGGAAAGGCCAGAUGAGAGUAUUAGCAAUGAAAUUGAGAGUGUGAUAGAAGAAACCACAAAACCAGCAACGGAACAGAUUGCAGAAUUCAGUAUCCACCUUUUGGGAAAGCAAUACAGUGAGGAACUACAGGACCCCUCCGGUGUCCACUACCAGCACCUUGUGGAAGACUUUAUUUCAGAGGUUGAAAAUGCAUUUACUGGGUUACCAGGCUACAAGGGUAUCCGUGUACUUGAGUUCAGGUCCCCAAAGGAAAAUGACAGUGGCAUCGAUGUUCAUUAUGCUGUUACUUUCAAUGGCCAGGCCAUCAGCAAUACCACCUGGGACCUAAUUAGCCUUCACUCCAACAAGGUAGAAAACCAUGGCCUUGUGGAAUUGGAUGAUAAGCCCACUGCUGUUUAUACAAUUAGUAACUUUAGAGAUUAUAUUGCCGAGACACUGCACCAGAAUUUUUUGCUGGGGAAUGCCUCCUUGAAUCCAGAACCCGACUCCCUUCAGCUUAUCAAUGUGAGAGGAGUUUUGCUUCCCCAAGCUGAAGAAGUUUGGAACACUCAAAGUUCAAGUCUUCAGGCAACGCCGUCAUCUAUUCCGGAUAAUGCCCUUCAAGCUGCAUGGCCCUCAGCAGAUGAAUCCACCUCCAGCAGUGUCUCACCACUUGAUUUCAGCUCUGGUCCUCCCUCAGCCACUUACAGGGAACUCUGGUCAGAAAGUCCUUUGGGUGAUUUAGUGUCUACACGCGAAUUAGGCUUUCCCUCGGAGAUGGGCCUGAGCUCUUCCCCAGAGGUCUUAGAGGUUAGCAGCUUGACUCUUCCUUCUGUCACCCCAGCAGUGCUUCAGACUGGCUUGCCUGUGGCUCCUGAGGAGGGGACUUCUGGAUCUCACUUCUUAGAAGAUGGAUUAGCUAAUGUUGAAGAGUCAGAUUUUCUUCCUAUUGAUUCAUUGCCUUCAAGUUCAUUCACUCAGCCUGUGCCAAAAGAAACAGUACCAUUCUUGGAAGACUAUGGUGUGUCCUUAACAUCCUCACCAUAUCUGACCUCCUCAGCCCCCUUAGAUCUUGCUAAAGAAAUAACUGUACCUUUUGGCUUGGACUCCUUGACCUCUGAAGUCAAAGACCAAUUAGAAGUGGGCCCUUUGCUGCCGGACACAUCCAUGGAGAAAGACUUCAUAUCAGAGAGUGGCUUAGGUUCAGGGUCUGGGCAACAGGCAGAUCUGAUCACUUGGCCAUGGAGUGAGACUUCAUUAGAGAAGAACACUGAAUCUCUGUCUAAGUUAUGGCCAGAAGAUGAUUCACUUUUGCCAACUGAGGGUGAAGAUGAGAAACUAGUUAUGCCCCUUGGUGGAACUCAGUCAGCAUCUCUAAUUUCCUCCAAGCACACCUCAGAGGUUCCUGACAUUGAUGACUCAGUUACAAAAGCCCCUCUUCUACUGGCAUCUGUAGCAAUCUCUGCUUCUAUUGAUAAGCCUGAUCAAGUAGAUACCUUCCUGAGGAAGGAUAUGGAACAAACUACAGAGUCACCCAACCUAGAAUGGUUUGACAGCAAGGUGAAACCUGAUAUGCAACCUUUGUGGACUGCAUUGCCAGAAUCGGAUAUAAUUUGGGCAAGAACUUCUUCGUUAGGGAAAUUGUCCAAAGACACAUUGGCAAGUACACUGCAAAGUACUGACAGACUUUGGUUGAAAGCUUCCAUGACACAGUCUCCCAAAUUGCCUCCAACCACAAGUUCCACCCUGUUGGAAGAUGAAGUAAUUAUGGGCGUACAGGAUAUUUCAUUAGAACUGGACCGGGUAGGCACAGAUUACUAUCAGCCUGAGCUAAUCCAAGAACAAAAUGGCAAGGUUGGUAGUUAUGUGGAAAUGUCUACAAAAGUUCACCCCACAGGGAUGGCUAGUGUGGCUCGGCCAACAAAAGGAGGUGACUUGAGUUAUUCUCAGACUGCUGGAGCGUUGGUGGUUUUCUUCAGCCUCCGAGUGACUAACAUGAUGUUUUCAGAAGAUCUAUUUAAUAAAAACUCUUUGGAGUAUAAAGCCCUGGAGCAAAGAUUCUUAGAACUGCUGGUUCCAUACCUCCAGUCAAAUCUCACAGGGUUCCAGAAUUUAGAAAUCCUCAACUUCAGAAAUGGCAGCAUCGUGGUGAACAGCCGGAUGAAGUUUGUCAAUUCUGUCCCUCCUAAUGUCAACAGUGCUGUAUACAUGAUCCUGGAAGAAUUUUGCACCACUGCCUACCAAACCAUGAACUUGGCUAUUGAUAAAUACUCCCUUGAUGUGGAAUCAGGUGAUGAAGCCAACCCUUGCAAGUUUCAGGCAUGCAAUGAAUUUUCAGAGUGUCUGGUCAACCCCUGGAGUGGAGAAGCAAAGUGCAGAUGCUACCCUGGGUACUUGAGUGUGGAAGAACUGCCCUGUCAGAGUGUCUGUGACCUACAGCCUGACUUCUGCUUGAACGAUGGGAAGUGUGACAUUAUGCCUGGGCAUGGAGCCAUUUGUAGAUGCAGAGUGGGUGAGAACUGGUGGUACCGAGGAGAGCACUGUGAGGAGUUUGUGUCUGAGCCCUUGGUCAUAGGCAUCACCAUAGCCUCGGUGGUUGGACUGCUUCUGCUGUCUUCUGCUGUCAUCUUUUUCCUCAUCAGAACUUAUCGAGCACAGCAUGCCAGGAGAGAAAGAGAGAGGCCCUCCAGGGAGCCUGACAGCCUCUCAUCUGUUGAGAAUGCUUUGAAGUUCAACCCCGUGUAUGAAAGCCACAUGGCUGGAUGUGAGCAGUAUGAGGGACUCUAUCCCCAGCUUCCCUUCUGCAGCUCUGCAGGUGGAGAGAUGAUUGGUGGCCUGAGCAGAGAAGAAAUCAGACAGAUGUAUGAGAGCAGUGAGCUUUCUAGAGAGGAAAUUCAAGAGAGAAUGAGGGUUCUGGAGCUGUAUGCCAAUGAUCCUGAAUUUGCAGCUUUUGUGAGAGAACAUCAAAUGUAA